CACAGUGACCGACCGAGGAGAGGACUGAGGACUGAGACCCGGGACCGAGCCGACACUCAGCUCCGCCCACCAUGCAGCAUUACGGAGUGAACGGAUAUUCGCUGCACGCGGUGAACUCGCUGAGCGCCAUGUACAACCUCCACCAGCAAGCAGCGCAGCACGCCCAGCACGCCCCCGACUACCGGCCCUCGGUGCACGCCCUCACCCUGGCGGAGAGACUGGCUGACAUCAUAUUGGAAGCUCGCUACGGCUCCCAGCACCGCAAACAGCGCCGAAGUCGCACGGCGUUCACCGCGCAGCAGCUGGAGGCCCUGGAGAAGACCUUCCAGAAGACGCAUUACCCGGACGUGGUGAUGAGAGAGCGGCUGGCCAUGUGCACCAACCUCCCCGAGGCCAGAGUACAGGUUUGGUUUAAGAACCGAAGAGCCAAAUUCCGCAAGAAGCAGCGAAGUCUCCAGAAGGAGCAACUCCAAAAACAUAAAGACUCCGAGACCAGCGACAGCAAGAUAGACCCCGCCCCCGCGGAGCCGGCCACCCCCAGCCACGACUCCACCAAACCACAUACUUCUCUGAGCGAGGCCAGCGCGGAGCUCAACCUAACCUUGUCGGAGCAAUCAGCCGGCGAAUCGGCAGCCGAGGACCAAACCGAUAAAGAGGAGGAGACCAAAAGUCCCCCGGAGGACCCCAAGACAGACAAACCUCUGACCUCCGACCCCAAAAUCAUCCCCAACUACAAGAGAGCCAGUCCUAAAACAGAGUCUCCGGUCAGCUCCUCCAUGGCGGCCUCGUCCAGCAGCUGCCUCCCCCCCACUCACUCCUAUUCCUCGUCUCCUCUCAGCCUCUUCCGCCUCCAGGAACAGUUCCGGCAGCACAUGGCCGCCACCAAUAACUUGGUCCAUUACUCCUCCUUUGACAUGGGCAGCCCCCCCGCCAUGCCGUACCUGGGGAUGAACGUCAGCAUGCCGCUCGGCUCCCUGCACUGCCAGUCCUACUACCAGUCCUUGUCUCAUGCCCAGCAGGUCUGGUCCUCCCCCAUCCUGCAGACCUCCGGGUCCCUCCCCAACCUUAACAGCAAAACCACCAGCAUUGAGAACUUGCGGCUGAGAGCCAAGCAGCAUGCGGCCUCGCUGGGCCUGGACACCUUACCCAACUCGCGCGCCCUUCAAUCAGACCGGCGGCACUUCCGGUGUUCAGGGUUAAACGCCGGCUUCAUUCUACAUGAAAUAAAUCUCCCCCUUGUGCCGGUGGAAGAGGCGGACGCGUCCUUGAAAUGCGAUGCCGCCGCGUAG